GUCAUGGAUAGUGAGAGCCAGAGUGGACUUUCCUGAGUCAUUGUACCUUUGCGAGAGAAGUUGCGAUCCCAUUGGAGCACAGAUACUCUCCUUGUUGCUUGUCGUUGGACCUUGUUUGCGAGUGCAAAAUUUGAUCCACUCUCUCCAGAUCGUCACGGAUGUGAAGUGGGUUCACAGUGAUCCUCCACGUUAUUAUCCAGUGCUGCCAGAACAAUGGUUUCCUUUGAAAGACCUUCCCCCCUGUGGCACGUCUAUUUUACAUUUUUUUUUACAGUUUCUCGAGGUAAUUCUACUUCGCAGCGUUUCUCGCGUUUCAAUUCACCAAUUUUUCUGCAUGCCGUCCACAAACGGAGAAGCACGCGGAUCGACCGGGACACCCCAUAUAGACAUGGGCAUUCCCUACAAUAUCCCUGGGAGAAGACGACGGGAUGGAGUCACACAUUCGAGAGACCAAAGUACCAAAUCUUUCGGGGUUCUCUAGACUUCUGGCAGGCGAGUGUUCUCCCAAUGAGGCAGCAUGCGGCAGGGUUGAAACAUAGAUUAUGUUAUACUUUUCCGAUGCUCUUCCGGGUUGUCGAUCUUGCCGUAUGUAUCCUGACCUUCAGCUUAAAGAAUUUUCCGGAACGUUCUUGGAAUAAACUUCUUAGCACGCGGAAGCAGCCAUGCCUGAUAUUUCUAGGAUCCUGCAUCUUACCCGAUUCCUACCUUACAACAACGAGUCGGCUGCUAGUCUUGGCUCCAUGGCAGUUGAACCCAUAGGAAACCUAGAAUGUCGGGAUCCAGGGACAUGCCCGCAAUGGCAUUCUGCAAAGUAUAUCUGGGGUACACGUACUAGGACGGAUUAGUGUUCAUCCCUUCACUACGUCUCGAGUCAGAAUAUAUGUCUUCUACAGCACCUCCACUUCCGUUGCUCCAUGAUACACUUUUGCAAGUUGGCCCGUUCUCUCCUUUUGCCCGUAUCCAAUUCUUGUCAGCUUGCUGGGAAUCAUCAUG